UGGUGGUUUGUCAUCCAUCAUCGUCCGCAGUCGGAUCAGUCUAUAGCGAGAAGUGGGGGAGCAGAGAAAAAAAAAUCGAAGUUUUUCGCGAGAUUGAUAAAACGCUAUUUUAUUGUGGCUGUGGGUCCGCAGCACGGGUUUCCGCGAGUGUCCAUUACGGAACGAAAAUCUAAUUGAAGUCAUUGCUAAACGCGCUGGCUGUUGACGGCCACGGGACAAUUACAUGUCGUAAUUGUGCGUAUCGUUGCGCUUCGGUGAGAGAAAAAACAAGACCCGAUUUCGAUCGAACCCAUCAGUUCGCAGCCAGUGGGGCACGGAUGGUGUGUGUGUAAUGAAUUGAGUUUUUGUUUUGGGGAGUGAUUUUUCGGGAUUUUCUCCGUCGCGAAAAUCGGUGCAAGGUGGGGGACAGUUUCACCCGGAAAAGACUGGGCUAAUUGGAGGACGGGAAAGUAGUCGGUGAAAAUGUAUCAGAGCGCCUGCAGUGCCGCUGCCGGUGGCUGCGCGGAACCGGAACGAACCGAUCGGGAUGGACUGAUAACGCACGAAUCGGCGGUCGCCCCGGUGGAACAUGACUACAGUGGAUUCGAUAUCGUGAAAGCGACGCAGUACGGUGCCAUUGGUCGAGUGAAGGAACUGAUAGAAGCUGGGUGGGAUGUCAAUCAACCGGAUAGUGAAACGGUGACACUUUUGCACUGGGCGGCCAUCAACAACCGGAAGGACAUUAUUAAGUAUUUCCUGGACAAAGGCGCAAUUGUGGAUGCCGUGGGUGGAGAACUUAAUGCCACACCACUGCAUUGGGCCACGAGACAGGGUCAUUUGGGAGCGGUAGUUUUGCUGCUGGCAGCUGGAGCCGAUCCGAGUUUACGAGAUGCGGAAGGUUGUUCCUGUAUUCACUUGGCCGCACAGUUUGGACACACUGCCCUGGUGGCAUAUUUCAUAGCUCGGGGAGUCAAUCCGGAUCUACAGGAUCGAGGAGGCAUGACUGCAUUGAUGUGGGCUGCCUGGAAGAUCUCCGCAUUGGAUCCGGUUCGAUUGCUGCUGACCCUCGGAGCAAAUCCCAGCCUCGCGGAUCACACUCACGGGAAUACCGCCCUGCAUUGGGCCAUACUUGCUCGCAAUGCCACCGUCGUCAGUACCUUGAUCCUUAAGGGAAAAGCCAGUUUGGAAGUUCCGAACCUGAGAGGGGACACUCCGCUGACGAUGCUCCAACCGCACCUGGGCUCCAUCUGGAUCGGAUCCAAAGUGUCGGAGAAGAUCCGGGAUCUUACGCAACAGUCCCAACGUCGCAACCUGCUCGUUCGCUUUACUCUGGAUAAGCGCUUCCGCUGGUGGAGCAUGAUCGCAACCCCGUUCCUAGUGUUCUACCUGGCCGGGCUGAUCUUUUGCGCGGAAACCUUGAUCAUCAUCAAAGUGUUCCUGCUGGGUUGCCUGUACGCCUUGUCCCACACCAUUGGUCAGACGCUGUUCGACGAAACGUUGAUGGCGCUGCUUCCCCUAAGCGUCUACAUGGCCACCAAGGCGUGGUUCUACGUGACCUGGUUGACCUACAUUGCUCCGACGGUGUCAUUCCUGGCGUCGGUUUCGUUCCUGACUUGCAGCGCCGGGCUGUGGGUGUGCUUCCUGAAGUCCUGGCGAGGCGACCCGGGCGUUAUCCAACCUACACAGGAGCAGCGAUUCAGGACCAUUAUCGAACUGUCGGAACGCGGUGGCGGUGGUUUCGAACCGUCUGCUUUCUGCUCCGCCUGCUUGGUACGCCGUCCGGUUCGAUCGAAGCACUGUUCCGUGUGCGAUCGCUGCGUUGCCCGGUUCGAUCAUCACUGCCCUUGGGUUGGCAACUGUAUCGGCGCCAAAAAUCACAAAUACUUUAUGGGAUUCCUCUGGAUGUUGAUGGUCAUGUGCUGCUGGAUGUUGUACGGAGGCGCAAACUUCUACGUACAGGCUUGCAGUAUUAACAUGGAUGAAGUUUUGUCAGGUCUGUGGAAUGCAAUCGUUGCGAUCGGGUCCUGCAAUCCAUGGGUCGGCUGGGUGAUGGCCAAUGCCCUUCUUCACAUGUCCUGGGUGACUGUGCUGACAAUUUGCCAGACCUAUCAGGUCGUGUGUCUGGGAAUGACAACGAACGAACGAAUGAAUCGAGGACGUUAUCGCCACUUCCAGGCCAAGGGUGGCAAGAGUCCGUUCUCUCGUGGUCCCAUUAAAAAUCUGUUCGAUUUUAUGGAAUGUAGCUGCUUUGGGUUGGUGAAACCGUUGAAAACGGACUGGAUGCAGUAUUUCGACUUUGAUAAGCACGUGGAACAUGAACCAUUACUUCGACCGGACAACUUUCAGUAUGUCUGAAGAAAGCAGACGGAAACUGCAGCGGGAGAGAAUGAAACCGAAGAGAAAACAAAAGAAGAAAUCGCCCCUGGAACUGGACUUGGAGUCGGAUCUGAAACGACAGGUGAUCGAGAGGAUGCUCCAGAACGGUUUGAAGAGCAAACUGAUCUGACGAUUGCUGUUGCUGAUGGGAUAGCCAUGGUUUGAGGGUGUAGAAGCGCCCGGUUUUCGUUUUACUUUUCGUUCAAGAUUGCUACUCGCUGCUAGGUUUCCCUUUUCGGAAUGUGAUUUUAAGUUGUAUCAGGUGAAAGAAAGAACAAAGAAAGGCUUUAGAUAGGCAUGUUAAGGUAAUGAUAGUUGAAUGUGCUUAAAUGUGUAGAAUCCUGUGUUGUAAAAUGGUUGAUCAACCAACAAAGUGGGCAAAAGACACGAAAUAUAUAUUUGGUAUAUAUUUAUUGCGAAUGGAUAGUACAGAUGUUUAAGCAAUAGAAAUGCAGUUAUAGUGCGUUAGAUAGAUUGUAAAUGUUUCCCCAAAAAAUAGUUAUAACGGAGAUAUAGGAGGACACAUUUUUAUUCAUUUUUUCAAAACUUAUCAUCGUGCUACCCAUUUGAUGUGUAUUAAAAAGUAGAAGCCGACAUAUAGAUACCUUUCCCGGAUUAUACGAACACCAACCUGAAUAAUUAACGCAAUAUGCAUGUGUGAAUCUGCUUAAGAAGCCGAAGCAACAGUCAAUUGACUUAACUUUUUGUUUAGUAUUUAUGAAAAAAAUGCGUCAAAAUUUUAAUUUUUAUUACAGACUGAUAGUUGCUUUGGCUUGGGGUAAAAUUUCCUCCAUUCGUGAACAUUUGCGUGAUUGAAACAAAUUCCUUAAACACCACCUUGCACCCAUAAAAUAAUAGGAAUUAAGUGUUUAUCCAUGCUUCUAUUUUUAGAAUGUAAGGAGACCUAAACUGUUGCUGUAUCUUAAUCAUGAGCCGUUGUGCUUAGCGAAGCACAUUUAUUCCCAAAUGCCAGGAACAGCUGAAAAGAAUGGAAAAUCCAACUCUUCCGUAUCGUAGAGCGUUAAAAGAACAGCAAAUACCGAUUAGCACUUUGGUCACCAGAACUCUAUACGUAUUAUCGAAUGCUGCAAUUAGUCCAUGUUGAAUGUUAGAAAUGCAAAAUUGAUUAAUAAUUUCGCUAUUUUGUCAAAAUACAAAAAAAAAUACGUUCAGAACAAAGCGUAAUCGGUGCCGUUCGACAAUCAAUAGACUGGCAUUAAAUUCACUCUAGUUUUUGAACAUUUAUUUGGAUUAUUAGUUUAGCAAAAACUCAAGCAAGAUGUGACGCCGUUAUGCAAAUAGUACUAGACAAGUGGUAGAAAAUAGAUGCACUGCAUACUGUUGAGAGGUCGCAUUUACAGUUAUUUUGGAAAGCAAAUAAAAUCGCGAAGCCACUUUGUCCAACGUUACACAGUCUAGUCAUGUAUGUAAGUUUUACACUGUAGAUGCGAGUGUGCGUUAGAUGGAUUGGAAAAAUAUACAGGCAACCAUCGAUGAGAUCCUUUGCUAAUUUGUAUACUGAAAUUGUCGGUACAAUAGAUCAUGGUAAUCCCCACCCAGAUUUUUAUCACUAAAACUGAUAAUAAAAAAGAUCAAAAACACAUCAAUGAUCAGAAUAUCUAUGAAAAAACUUUAACUUAGUAUAACAUGUGUCCUGAGAAAAAUCUUACAAAAAGUAAACAUGAAAACGAUCCAGAUAACACCACUCAACUCAACGAAUACGAACAGCACUUGAUUCGGAAAGGUAUACAUAUAUCAUUACAACAAUGAAAGCAAACAACAUUCUCUUUACUCCCAGUAUAUAUGUAUAAAAAAAAACAAUAGAAUUGAAUUCCCGACUGCAAGUCCACAAUUUCAACUAUAAUAGAUAUAGAAAGUGAACUCAUCACAGAGAGAAACAUAUAAAUACAAAGUUCUACACUUCUAUCCGCACAUUGAUUGCACACGCGUAUGUGUAUAAGUUAAAUAAAAGUGAAAAAUAUA